AUGAGAUAUAAACUGAAAAAACAAUUCAGUCUUUUUAAAUUUUACCUGAAUAAUAAAAACCAUUGUUUAAAAACAGGUAAUAAUAAUAAUAAUAAUAAUAAUAAUAAUAAUAAUAAUAAUAAUAAUAAUAAUAAUAAUAAUAAAUCAUUUAUUAAAAAUUAUAAUAACCAAAAUCAAUAUGACAAAAAUAAUUUAAUUUUUAAUAACAAAGAUAGUAAAUAUAAAAUUAGUUUUAAUAAAGAGUUUUCAAUUAUAAAAAUCAAAGAAUCAAUAAUCAAUGAUUAUUUUAAAUUUAAUUUAUUUAAAAAUAAUCAAUUAGUUUAUAAUAGAAUUUUAGCUGAUAUUUAA